GGCCACCAAUUCUCUUUUGUUGAUAAUUGAGUUUUUGUUUUGUUUUGUUUUGUUUUUUUGCUAUUAAAGCUUUGAACAUACAUCUCUGUGCUCAGGAUAAAGUCCUAGAAGUGGAACUGCUGGAUCACAAAGGGUGCAAAAGUUUUUGAACAGCCGACAGCCUUCCAGAAAGGCUGUAUCAAUUAUAAACAGCAGCGUAUUUGUGUGUCCCUACUUCUCCAUACCCCUGUCAACUCUAUGAAUUAUUAUUAUUGUUAAUUUUUAGCUCAUUUGGUAGGUAGGGGAAAAAAAGACACCUUGGUGAUUAAAAACAACAAUUUGUGAUAUUUAAAAUGUGGAACCGAGCUUUUAGCCGCCUCUGGCGCCUCUGGAUCCAGGGUAAAGAAACAUAAAAUCGGUGGAGUUUGGCUCUGGUAUUCUCAGUGGGAUGGAGAGAUAAAUUACGGUAAGCCGCUUAUUCUCCCUCGUCCGGAAAAGGGUGGGAAAGGCCAUCGGUAGGGGAAAGGAAUUAAGAACAUUAUUUUAUGAAAAGGGCAGUUGUUAGGGGGACGUUUUAAGGUUUUUAACCUUAGGCGGGCGAGUUACUACAGAUCAGCUGAAACUGCUUUCGGUCCUGACCACUCUGUGCGCGGUUAAGCCCUAGAGCAGCAAAAGGGCAGCCAGCAACAGCCGGACGGGAGGACCCCGGCGGCCGCCACGCAGUCCCACAAUGCCCCGCUCGCACCACCCUGAGGGCGGAGAGAAAGGACCGCUGCCGGGCAUGGGUCUUCGGCGGAGAGCGCCGAGAAGUGCGCACGCGCACUGACCCCGCGGGCCCUAGCAACCAGAGCAGUGACAGUAGCAACCGCCGGAAUGGCAAAAGCAACAACAAUCAAAGAAGCCUUAGCGAGAUGGGAAGAGAAAACUGGCCAGAGGCCAUCUGAAGCCAAAGAGAUAAAACUUUAUGCCCAGAUUCCCCCUGUAGAGAAGAUGGAUGCAUCCUUGUCCAUGCUUGCUAAUUGCGAGAAGCUUUCACUGUCUACAAACUGCAUUGAAAAAAUUGCCAACCUGAAUGGCUUAAAAAACUUGAGGAUAUUAUCUUUAGGAAGAAACAACAUAAAGAACUUAAAUGGACUGGAGGCAGUAGGGGACACGUUAGAAGAACUGUGGAUCUCCUACAAUUUUAUUGAGAAGUUGAAAGGGAUCCACGUAAUGAAGAAAUUGAAGAUUCUCUACAUGUCUAAUAACCUGGUAAAAGACUGGGCUGAGUUUGUGAAGCUGGCAGAACUGCCAUGCCUGGAAGACCUGGUGUUUGUAGGCAAUCCCUUGGAAGAGAAACAUUCUGCUGAGAAUAACUGGAUUGAAGAAGCAACCAAGAGAGUGCCCAAACUGAAAAAGCUGGAUGGUACUCCAGUAAUUAAAGGGGAUGAGGAAGAAGAUAACUAAUGCCACGCUUUCCACUGUGUGUUAACUUAUUUAAAUGUCAUAAGAACAAUAGAUAAAUUUUAUAUAAGUGUCUAUUUUAAAGAUUCUGUAUGGGACAAAAGUUUCUUAAGAUAAAACAGAUCACUCAUUCUCAUCUUUUUCUUUCCCCCUUAACUUAUUCAGUGUUUCUUCCCAAAACUGGUAACGCCAACCUUAUAUAUCCUAUUCCUCUUUUUAGAAACCACAAAUUUUCAAUUUUUGUCUUCAGUCUCAGUUAUAUACUAUGUAGCCCCAUCUACUAAAACAAAACCUUUGUAGACCAGUCAUUUUUAAUAACAAAGGAACAAAUUUUUUUUCAGUUUGUUCAUUUUUUUUAGGUUAGACAUUUUAAAAGAUAUACAUUUGAAAAUUUAGAACGUUUUUCCUGAAGGUCUGCCUCUGUACAAUUCAGAAGCACAAAUAUAUCAUGCCUUUAGCUUAGAAGGUAGUAUGGUGAUGGGAAGGGUUCCUCUUAGAAAUAUAGCAGGUCUGGAACCAAGACUCCAAAGUUCCAUUGGAAAAGAUAUG